AUGGCGUACUUCCAGUGGCAUGACAAAGGCGGCAAUCUGCAUAAGUCCUUCUGCGAGAAAGAGGCCAAGGAAAACGUGGUGUACGAUAGUCGAUUAGAUUUUUCAGAUUCAAAUCGAGGUGACAAAAAGAAGAUCUUUCCCGAUACUGAGCAUCAGUGUAUAAUGGCCCAAAAGAGUACGAAUUAA